AUGGCUACCACUACCACAGUCACCAAGAGAGGCGCCGCCGUGGCCUCAAUCACGCUGCCUGAGAAUGAAAGCCGCUUCCCGGAUAUCAACACCAUCCGGGCGGCCAUUCCCAAGCACUGCUUUGAGCCCAAGGUGUCCAUCUCCAUGGCCUAUCUGUUCCGAGAUGUUGCCAUGAUUGGUGCUCUUGGCUGGGCCGCCAUUACUUACAUCCCCGCCAUUGAGAAUUCCACCCUCAGAAUCGCCGCCUGGAUUGUCUACGGCUUCGUUCAAGGCCUGAUUGGCACUGGUCUUUGGAUCCUGGGCCACGAGGCCGGUCACGGUGCCUUCUCCAAGCACUCUUUACUGAACCACGUCGUUGGCUUCUUGUCUCACUCCUUUCUGCUGGUCCCGUACUACUCCUGGAAGUUCUCUCACCACCGCCACCACAUGUACACCGGCCACAUGGAGAAGGACAUGGCUUUCGUUCCCAGGACCAAGGCCGAUUACGCUGAGCGCAUUCUGUCUGCCUUUGAGAUGUUCGAGGACACUCCCAUCUACCAGAUGAUUGCUCUGCUCUCCCACCAGCUCCUCGGAUGGCAGAUGUACCUGACCUUCAACAUCUCCGCUGGCUCAAAAAGUCUUCAGAGACCUGCAUCCAACCUUCUGGGCAAGAGCCACUUCGGCCCCAGCAGCGCCGUGUUCCGUCGCAGCGAGGCUCCUUUCAUCUUGCUGACUGACGUUGGCAUCUGCGUGAUGCUCUUCGCUUUGUACAAGCUCGCUGGCGUGGUCGGAACAGGCACAGUGCUGCUGGCCUAUGCCCAGCCUUACUUCUGGGUCCACAACUGGCUGGUCGCCAUCACUUACCUCCACCACACUCACAUGGAGGUGCCUCACUACGAGGCCGAGAACUGGACCUUUGUCAAGGGCGCCCUCGCAACCGUGGACAGAGAGUUCGGCUUCGUUGGUCGCCACCUGUUCCACUGCAUCAUUGAGCACCAUGUUGUUCAUCACCUUUUCCCCCGCAUUCCUUUUUACUAUGCUGGAGAGGCAACUGAGGCAAUCAAGCCUGUCCUCGGUGAUUUGUACUACCGCGACGAUAGAUCCUUCAUUGGACAGCUCUGGACCAACUUCACAAAGUGCAAGUAUGUUGUCAAGGACGAGUCAUCUCCUGGAGCUCUCAAGUGGGCACAGUAA